AGCAUGUGUCCACUAUCUGAGGCUGCAUCAAAGCGAUUUCCCAGCCUACGCUUGUUUCGAAAGUGGAAAAGUCACGAAGAUACUCAUAGUUGAUACUACGACUACACGUGGAAGCUGUUACGCUUGAAAAUGAUGUGAUGAUCCGGCAUUGGUGGCGUUUGCUCUGCCACCGUCCGUCCGUGGACGAGGCGAGACUUCAGACAGGACAAUCAUGAGGACGUGAGGUGCCCCGACAUCCUCGAAAGAACAUGUUGAUGCUGAUGAAAAGGCGCCACCACCUGCAUCUACCUAUUCUUGCUGGGGUUAUCUUCUUCAUUGCUUGAUGUGCAUGUGGUUAAGGGGCGACCAACAUGGGUAACACAGCGAUCAGCCCAUUUCGAGGCGCAGCUGCGAGUUCCGUUGUGCCUCAGUCGCGCUCGAAGUUGGAGUUACAACAAGGACAGCUCCAUGGUCGAGAGCAGCCACCAGAUCUGGUCGCGCCCUCGCUGGCACAUCUGCGACACAUCGUCGAUAGCGCUGGCCCUAAAAUCUCACUGCAGACCUUUGAGGUGAAGUUAUGUCUACUGCACUUAAAAAAAUUUUUCAGGACGAGGUGGUCGUAGUUGGUCCUCAAGUAAGUCUUCAAUGAUAGAUUGUCUUCAAGAACGCCACUCCAUGAAAAAUGGAGUGGGUACUACCUAAUAAUUAAGGUGCAAAAAGCGCAAAAAAAGCGCUUUUUUGUGCAUCAUUCGUCUCAGAGUGAAAGUUUUCUAUUUUGAGACGAAUAUUGCCCAAGUGAUCCCUGGGCUUUAAAUGUCCGCUUUUUGGCUAAAAAGCAACUUUUCUAUGUUCGCUUUUGGCAUACUGUUAUUCCAUAAACAACGGAAACCAAGAACACUAUUAACCUCCAUCCAUGAUCGAUGGGCAGUGAACUUGAAGAACAUCACGCUGACAAGAAGGCUGUUUUUCCGCCUUGGCCUCCUCUUGUCUCACUCUAACCUUCGCAACCAUCGGAAAGGGAAACUUCGGACGUGUCCGCAUGGUCCGAUUCAAGAACUCACAGGAUGCGACACCAUUUGCAUUGAAAAUUCUUUUAACUAUGAGACAAGAAGACCUCGCUGUUGAAUAGAAGAGAGACUAACUUUAGUUUUUUUUGAAUACCUGAAUUAGCAUGGCAAAUCAUACUUGCAAGUUCAGGCUUACCCGUUAUUACGACUCCACUUGUAGGCUUAUACUAACUGUAACUUUGCCCAUCUCUUAAUACCCUCCGUUGCAGGUCCUCUGUUCGUGUAAAUUCUAAAGACAAAAUGAAGAUCGCAAACGAAUGGGGUGGCAGUAUAUCUCACGCUGCGCGAGCGGUUCUUCGAGAAACCAGCAUCCUUCAAGCUGUCGAGAAUCCCUUCGUCGUCAAUGUGUUGAAGGUACUAGUACAACGACUGCUCGUCUCGCAUGUCCAGUUGUUUGCUGAUGAUGAUGAUUUGAUGGUAGUGAUGAUGUUGUUGCUUGAUUAUAGCAACGUGAUACUGCAUCACCACGAAGAAGUAAGUAGAUGCUUAUUUUCUUGAUCGGAUCAAGCUUGUAGUUGAUGCUUAUAUUUUUCUUAAGCUCUCCUCUUAUUUUUACAGCGAGUACAGCCUAACCUACGACCUGCACUUUCUCUUCCACACCGAAGAUCAGGGACUACGACUGGACAACUCUCUCUCCUCUUACUUUUUCUAGAACACAACCUCCACUUAUUCAAGUGCUUUGUCUCAGUGUUUCGUUACCAUGAUAGUACUCCACAAAAACUCUUCCCCACUUCAGAUAUUCCAUACUGACAAAAAAGUUUUCAUUCUAAUGGAGUUCGUGAACGGAGGCGAGAUGCUUCGACUCAUACACAAGAGUAAUGGGCUGAAUUUGGAGCUGAUAAAAUUCUUUGCUAUGGCGGCCUCUACAUCGUUAGACAAAGACGCAACAUGAGGCAUCAUGACAUGGCGGAGUAUUCUAGCUACGCCUCUCUGAUAGUGGAACAGCAUUGAGUAAGUAGAAGUGGCGCGAGAGCAAGAACAUCUAGAAAAAGCUGAUUUUCCCUACUAGAAAAUGCUUAUUUUCACCACUUGUUUUUCUAGAACCAGAACUAGUUGUAAGCCUCCUCCGAUCAAGAAGUAAAGUAGAUAGGACAGUUAUUUCAGCAAACCCUGUAAGUUCUACGCCUGCUUCUAACUUGCGUGCGGAGAUCGUGAUUACGAUGCGGCAUCUGCAUGACCGGAACGUGUGCUAUCGAGAUUUGAAGCCUGAAAACGUUUUGUUGGACUGCAGCGGCCACAUCAAGUUGAUCGAUUUCGGUCUAGCAAAGGUCCUCGACAAAGCUGCUGACUUUAUGGAAGGAAUAUACCUCAGGAGCUGGCGUCAUCUCGUAGUGCAUCAUGAUUUAUUGGUGGUCAGAUGGUGAACUGCAGCAUUUCCACUUUCCUUCUUCAUGAAAGAGUGACGUACCCAUUUCUUGCUUCCACCCCUCUACCGCCAAGUAACAGCCUUCCUCUCGCACCCACUAGCACAGCUUUCAUAGCUCACAAAACUCGAACGUGUUGUGGGACUCUUUGCUAUCAAGCUCCGGAGGUGAUAUUGAACAAAGAGUAUAGCUUACCAGUGGAUUGGUGGGGUGUUGGUGCGUUUAUUUUCGAGAUGCUCUCGGGAAAGCCACCCUUUGGAAACGACACUACGUUUAACAUCCAGCAGCGUACUUUUCUACCUGCUACACUGAUGAAAUAUUAUGACUCUGUUCGUGAUCAUGGUGCUGAAUUCUGGUUUUAAUCUAUCUCGUCUCGGCACUAUUUUUGAUUUCUAUCGAAGAUCAACACUCAGCUGACACCCAAUGCAUGCCUCCUACAAACCGACCAACUUAUUUUUUGAAGACGAGACAGCUCAGAUGUCUCACUAAUCGUCCUUAUCUUAUCAAUAUCGCGCCAGGUAUACUGAGCACAUCAAUAAUGUGGCCAAAGUGCAAGGAGUGUCCACUGGCAAGGAGCAAGCAAUUGAUAAGUCUCAUUUCCCAGUUUUUGACGCAGAAAUCGGACAAAAGGCUAGGAUGCGACCGGACACGUAUUACGUUUACUCUAUAGUGUUUGCUUGUACCUGUUCGAGGCUCUAUUCUUUUUUUCGAGAUUCUUGCUGUUGAAAUCAUUGAUAAAGUCGAAAAUAAGAGCUACGACCGUUAGAGCACGAGCAAACCACGUGAUCAAGUAGAAUUUUGAUCUCCCUUCUUCUAGUAUCAUCCACAAUUCAAAUCAGCCGCUGGCGCGUUGAAAAUCGAGAAGCAUCCGUUUUUUCAGACGGUGCAUUUCGAGUCGAUACGAAAGCGGGCAGUAAAGCCCCCCUACAUUAAGGCUCAUCUCCAAACUCUGUUGUCUGUUGAGUAGAGCAAGAAUUCCUUCCAUCUUCAUCUUCCACGAUUCAUAAUGCUAUAAUGACACUCUGCUUGUCACCACAGUGGUGCUAUGACAUUCAGUUCUUGGCAACCUGAAGAAGUACGUCUUCUAACCCUCGGCCCCAACUCUCAAGCGCCGAGGAUAUUUGCAUGUUCCCGAAGUAUGCGGAAAGCGUGGAAGACAAUCAUCCGGACUUGAGUCGUAAAGACAAGCAGGCGUGGAUACACGAGCUGAGUAUGCCUAUCUCCGCUCCUUAG